UCACCAGCCCUGUGGUCACAGCCAACACCAGCUCUUCCUGCCUGUCAGAUGCCUCAUUCCCAUCCGUGACACUCAGAGAGAAAUUAUGAGCCCUGAAAAAUACCAUACUGUUUUGUGAUGUCACCUCUGGAAUGUUCUGAGUGUUUUGGUGACCAACUUCUGCAUAGGACCUAUACCUGGCACCUCACAUUGCACUCAAGGCCAAAUUUUACAAGAAAAAGAGAUAGCAGAUCUGAAAGCCUAGAGAUUCCAAUCAAUGUUGUUCUACCUCAGAGGGGCACAUCCGAGCCCUCCCUGAGGCUCCACAACUUGCACGGCACCCCUCGAUGUGCGAGGCAGGCCGCCCCGCCCCGGCUGGGCCGCAGGGUGGUCAGCCAGCACGCCUACCCGCUGAACCGCUUCUCCUCGGUGCCCGGGGACCCCAUGGAGCGCCCCACCGCCUCCCAGGCCGACCCAGAGCUGGACUACAACCCGCCGUGGGUGCAGCUCAGCGACGAGAUGUUCGUCUUCCAGGACGGGCGGUGGGUGAACGAGAACUGCCGCCUGCAGCCUCCAUACUUCUCCCCCUCGCCCUCCUUCCACCAUAAACUGCACAAGAGGCUGGCCAAGGAGCGCCUGCUGCAGGAGGAGAACAAGUCUCUGCGCGAGGAGAACAAGGCCCUGCGGGAGGAGAACAACAAGAUCCUGCAGGUCCUCUGGGAGGAGCACAAGGCCGCGCGGGGCGGGGAGAGGAGCCGGGCUCCCUCGCCCCUGCUGCACGAGGACAGCAGGCCCCUGGAGGCGGCGAAGAAGUACAACGCGGCCCUGCAGACGUUCCGGGGCAAGGAGACCGUCGCCCUUCAGCAGCUCAGGGAGGAGAACCGCACCCUGCAGCUCCUCAUGGAGGAGAACCGCACCCUGCAGCGGCUGCUGGAGCAGAGACAGGCCUACUGGGCCCAGACAGAGGACAAGGCCGUCCCCACAGAGGAAGACCAGGUAGCACCCUCUCCCAGCGAGGAGCCUCACGGCCCCGGGCUGCUGCCGGAUCAGGGCCCAGGCCUCUCCUCCCCCUUCGAGGAGUCCAAAGGACCCUCGGCCCCACAGGAGGACGCCAAGACGCUGCGCGCCCUACGGGAGAUGGUCAACAACCUGUCUGGGCCUUCCGAGGAAGAGGAGGGCAAGGCAGGCCCAGGCCUGCUCGACGGUGGCCAGUGCCUGCAGCUCCUGAGAGAGAUGAAUCAGGCCCUGCAGGCCCUGCGUGAGGAGAACAGGGCGCACGUGCUGUGGGAGGAGCACCGGGCCUUCCAGGAGGAGAGCAAGGCCUUGUGGAAAAACAGUGAACUGAAGCUGCAGCAGAAGCUGGUCAUUGAUACAGUGACCGAGGUCACCGCCCGCAUGGAGAUGCUCAUCGAGGAGCUCAGCGCCUUCAUGCCGACCAAGAGCAAGGACGCCAAGAAGCCCAGUAGGGUCUGA